UACCGGAAAUGCGGAAUUCGGGGAGGGUGCGCGCGCUAGGGCUGUUGGAGGGUGGUCCGGCUCACAGGUCCUGACUGGGAAGAAGUCGGCAGGUCCUGGCAGGGGAGAGCUUUGGCGGUGACAACUCGGGGUAUAGGCGGCUUUAACGCGAUGGAGUCGCGAGUCGCGGGCGCCCAGGCCGGCGAGGCUGAGCGAGCUGUGGGCGAAGGCCCAGCAGACGGCGGCGCCUCUCGGGGGCUUCAAGUCUCGGAGCCCUUGGGAGCCGCCCGGUGGAAGCUCCUGCGGCAGGUUCUGAAGCAGAAGCACCUGGAUGAUUGCCUGCGACAUGUAUCUGUAAGAAGAUUUGAAUCAUUUAAUCUGUUUUCAGUAACAGAAGCCAAAAAAAGGGUAAAUGAAGAGGAAGUUGGUGCAUGGGUCCGAUAUACAAGUGUCUUCUAUCCUGAGUACAGUGUUUCUUUAAGGCGUAAUAAUGGAUCUUUGAAUGUUGAAGAUGUUCUUACCAGCUUUGACAAUACAGGCAAUGUUUGCAUCUGGCCAUCUGAAGAGGUUUUGGCUUACUACUGCCUCAAGCACAGUAAUGCAUUCAGGGACCUUGCUGUGUGUGAGCUAGGGGGUGGCAUGACAUGCUUGGCUGGGCUCAUGGUUGCUAUUUCUGCAGAUGUCAAAGAAGUUCUGUUAACUGAUGGGAAUGAAAAGGCCAUCAGAAACGUGAGAGACAUCAUCACAAGGAAUCAGAAGGCUGGUGCAUUUAAAGCUGGGAAAAUAUCAAGCUGCGUUUUACGAUGGGAUAAUGAGACAGAUGUCUCUCAACUGGAAGGACAUUUUGACAUUGUUAUGUGUGCUGACUGUGAGACACUUGAAUGGAAGGAAACAAUUUCUCCCCUUUUGGUGUUGAGUAAACAUGUCCUGUUUCUGGACCAGUACAGAGCCAGCCUUGUUGAUGCAAUAAAGAGAUUACUCCAGCCCAGAGGGAAAGCAAUGGUAUUUGCCCCACGCCGAGGGAAUACUUUAAACCAGUUUUGCAAUCUAGCUGAAAAAGCUGAUUUCUCUAUCCAAAGACAUGAAAAUUAUGAUGAACACAUUUCAAACUUCCACUCCAAGUUGCAAAAGGAGAACCAGGACGUCUAUGAAGAAAACCUUCAUUACCCACUUCUGCUUAUUUUAACCAAAAAUGGAUAGAAGAUUAAGCUACUCAAAAGACGAAAACACCAAGUGCACAGGGCAUAUUUUCACAAAAACAGAAACCUGUGAUGGGUAUGAUAUGCAGCAAGCCUUUGGCUCCCUGAGAUCUGUGGGCCCCCCACCACCUCUGCCCCAUUCCACAUGUGGGUUAUGGGGCCCACCUGUCCUCACUCACAUCAUUCCCCAGCCCUCCUUCACUCCUUUUUCAUCUGCUCUUCUUGGACCAAACCUUUGUUUGUCUUUACGUAUCUACAAACAGCCUAAGAUUUGAAUUGGACUCGGGAGAGACCUAAAUCUUUUUCUUCCUAAUUGAGACAGAAUUUCUUUCGGUGAUCCCCACCCCCCCUUUUCAAAAAGAUCUUGGUCUUUGUUCUGUUUUGGUGGUGGUACUUUUUAAUCUGUAAACACAGCAAACAUCAUGAUUCUUUCCUGGUUAAAAAUAAAUAAAUAAAGCCUAUCUUUCUCAUCUCCUUCAAA